GUUGGCCAGUAACUUGGAUCCCCUCCCUUGCUAUCAAAUACAUACUCGAUCUUACUCUUAUUUGGGACGGAUAUUCCGUUCCCAUCAUGGCACCUACCGUCCCUUCGGCCAAAUUGACCCUCUCCUGCCCUCUCUUCGCCGCUGACUUCGACCCGCGCAACCAUGGCUUUCUUCUUGUCGCGGGCGGAGGCGGCGAAGGGCGCAGCGGCGUUGGAAACAAGAUCGCACUCUUGAACACUUCUAAACGCAAUGAAAUCUCGGAGGUAGUCGACAUCGAAUUAUCGCGUGACGAAGACUCCGUCACCUCUUUGGCGACUGCGCAUGCUGACGAUGAUUCCAUUAUCGCCUUGGCCGGCAUCAAUAGCUCCGUAGCUGAGCAAAAGCGAGGCAAUAACCAACAUCUAAGAUCUUUUAAGAUUGAUUAUCCCCCGCGAAGGCAACCCUUUGCGACUGAUUCAAUCGAAGAAGCUACAAAGUGGGAAACGUUUACGGAAACAAACGAACGGGUCUCCCGGAAGACCACUGCAUUAUCUCGUGUAUCCCUUUUCCGUAUUAAGGGGGCAGAUAAGGCCGGUAGUCCAGAUACAUACCAAAGGAUAUUGCGACUCUCACCGUGGAAAGACGCCGAGUCCCCGCGUUUGGCGGCGAUUGCCACCGGUUUGGCACCAUCGGGAGAGAUUGUCCUUUUUCAUCCUACCUCUACCCCUAGUGUAACGGAUGUCGUUGGAAGGAUUCGCUUGGGUAGUGAUGAGGAGGCCGAGGAUGUGGAUAUUACAAAUUUGGAUGAUGGGGAUUUCCAGGUUGCGUAUACCAACGGCACCGAUGUGUUCAUCUGUCAGAGCUCGUUGAAGACGAGGUCCAAUGCAUCUCCAGAUGUACAGUGUGUAUACAGCACGCCUUUAUCUGAAGCGACACCCAAAACAAGGCCCAAGUUUCGAGCCCUGCGGUUCCUAUCCCCGACAAUGUUGCUGUUGCUUCGGAAUGCACCAGAUCGUAACGGCUGCGAGCUCAUGCUUCUCGGUAUACAGAGAACGUCAUCUCCAAAAAAAAGGUCUUCCGCGUCUAUCAUCCACCGCAAAAAGCUCCGCAAAGCAGUCAAGAUUGGGCUCGGCCUAGACUCGUGCAACCUGGGGUCAAACUUCGAGGACCAGGAACAAAUCAUCAUUGCCGUUGCGGGAAGCGAUCAAUCAAUUGAGGUCUUAACGCUCGAGUACAACCCUAGGGGAGGAGGAUACGGAAAGCUACGGUCCUACACUACUCUCUACAACGUUCAUCCAUUCGCCAUGACAAAGAUAUGUUUCUCCCCUUUCAAUCCUCCGCAGAACCCAGUCAACCCUGAGACACCACCUCAAUAUAUCAAGCUUGCCUCUGUCAGCAUGGGUAACACUGUCGUCGUGCACACAUUUCCGCUGUCCCCCUCACCACCAUCCAGUCGCUCACCGCGAUACGUGCUAGUCAUGCCGGGAGAGUCGGGUGCGUGGACCAAUUUCACCAGUGGAAUCACUGCCAUGUUAUCCAUCUUUAUUGUCUGCUUCCUCCUUCAGGCUUUCACGGAGGUCAGAGGUGUCAUGCCGCCGUAUCUGGGCGCCACCGAAUGGCUUCCCCCCGAUAUCCGUGCCGCCGUCGCCCGCCCAUAUCAAGAUAUACCGCCCCAUCCUUCGGUGACCACAUCAGCCACUAUCUCCGUGCACUCAACCUUCCCGUCAACAGUCUCCGCCCUACAUCACCGCUCUCUACGUGACAUCAUUCGUGCCCGGCAAGCAGCAGACACAAUUGAUUCCAUCCUCGAUACCGAUCUUGGAGCGGACGCCCCAUCUCCUUCCGCUCCACCACUCACCGCCAUUAUCAUUCGUCGCAAUUGUGAUACUGACGAGAUUCUCAUAGAAACUACAGAUAUGACAUCUCAACACGGAUCUCAUGGGAGCCUUCGCCGCUGGGAGGACCUUGACGAGCACGACCGGUCAACUUGGAAACAGCGACUAGCAGAUACAGGUCAUUUGGGCCGAGAUGAAAGUGAAGCGCUUUUACAAGGAGUUCUUUUCGGGGAACGUUCAGAAUAGUGUGCUCAUAUGCUCCUGGCUUCUCUAUUCCUCAAUAUAUGAAAGGUAUUGGUGAGAAUAAGGAAGCUUGCUGAACACAAGGAGUUUGAAACCGAGGUAAAUCGAGGUAAAUAAGGAGAAACAAGCUGCCUAAGCCUAGGAGUAAUGAGUUUGACGUGAUGUUCUGUCUAUGAUUGCAUGGCUUAUCUGCGGCCAACUCGCCUACUUUUAUUAACAUUUAGUAAAGAAAGAAACAGAUGUACACGCUACCACUCCUGCCAGGCGUAACAUCUUAGAACCGAGAGAGAGAGAAAUGGAGGGCAUGUAGAAUUGAAGAAUACACUGUUAUGGACGUCAACGUCAAAAACCCAUAACGGGCGUCAUUGCAUUCAACUUAAAAACUUGUG